AUGUUUGCUAUUUUCGUUUUUCUUUCUAAUUUGAUUUCCUUCGUGUUUUCUUUCUUCCUUUCUUUCUUUCUUUCUUUCUUUCUUUCUUUCUUUCUUUCUUUCUUUCUUUCCCUCUCUUUCUCUCUUUUCAUUUCUUAUGAAUCUUUUUCUUUCUUCCCGCUUAUUUUUUUCUUCUUUCUUAUUUUUUUUUCUUUGUUUCGUAUUUUUCUUUCUUGUUUGUCUCUUUUUUCCUUAUGUUAUUUCUUGUUUUCUUUCUUUCUCACUCUUUCUUUCUCUCUAUUUUUUCUCCUCGUUUACUUUUUUCUCCCUUAUUCUUUCUUUCUUUCUUUCUUUCUUUCUUUCUUUCUUUCUUUCUUUCUUUCUUUUACUCUCUCUUUGUAUUUUUUCUUUACCCUCCAUUUUCUUCCCCGCCUUUUUACAAAAAUUCUCCUUGGUGUCUUUAAACCUUCAUUCAUUUAA